AUGAUAGGCGUGGAUAAUCGAGAACGGAACCCGGAUAAACUUUGGGAAAACUUCUGGAGUAAAGAGAGGAUCCAGAAAGAUGUGGAAGAUCGAAUUCCGUGAGUCAUAGUUUAAGAAUAAAAAUACGAAAUUUGUAUUACUAUGUAUACAAGUAACUUGUAUUUUUUUACCGGGGCUUAGAAAAUGAAAACGGAGGACUUUCAGAUUGAAAACUCCAAUUUCCGAUGAUAAGGUCAGAAUCGUCUGCAUUUCCGAUACUCAUGAGAAACUGAGCGAGAUUGUGGAUCGAAUACCCAAUGGAGACAUCUUAUUACAUUGCGGUGACUUUACAAACAACGGGUCAAAGGAAGCAAUUGAAGAGUUUGAUCGACUUAUGGGGACAUUACCUCAUCCAGUGAAGCUAGUUGCAGCUGGAAAUCAUGAACUCGGCUUUGAUGAUACGGAAGAUGAAUCGCUUAGAUAUGAACAUGACAAGGGAAAGGGGACACAAAGAGGAUACGAAUUGUUGAAGAAUGUCACCAUUCUGCACGAUAAACUAGUUGAGGUGGGAACUAGAUUCAAAUAUGACGCCAAGUAAUCUACUAAUUUACCACUUCACUUUUGUUCUUCAGGUUUGCGGUCUCAAAAUCUACGGCUCUUCGUGGCACCCUCUUCCCCAUUUCGCUUUCUCCAGAUCUCGCGGAGAGGAGAUCCUAAAGGAAUGGCUCAAAAUCCCUGCCAACAUUGAUAUUCUGAUGACCCACACCCCGCCCUUAGGGCAUCGAGAUCAUUUCAAUGACAUAGAGGGACAUUGGGGAUGUGCUGAGCUCCUUCAGGUAGUCGAACUUGUAGCCAAACCAUCAUUACAUGUGUUUGGCCAUGUCCAUGAACAAAAUGGAAUAAGUACAAACAAUGUUACUUCCUUUGUAAACGCCGCCAUCUGUAGUCAUAAACUCGAGACCAACUACGAUCCACUAUUAGUCGACCUGCCUUUGAGAAUAAAGAGAAAGGAUUACAAUAUUAAAGUCUUAUCGUAAUGCAUUGUGCAUUACAUUAUUUAUUUCAUAAUAAAAAAUAAAGUUGAUUAGCCAUUGAAUAAAAUUGUAAUAUUACAAAAUUAAAUUUUAACGAGGGGGCAUGUGAGAUAUCCAUAAUCAAGUCACAAAUUCGGGUUCAAGCAUUGCGAAAGACUAAAAAAAACUGAAAAAUGACUCACUGUAUCACGAAAGGUGUCUUUUAUAACUCGGGCAAGGCUAGACAUGGCUCUCGGACGGCUGGGCCCGCUGAAAAGACCAGCCUAGCUGUUACCAAUCAUUUUUAUGCCAAGGGCUUUAACCAGGCCGGGCCAAAAAAAAAUUUAAACGGUUCACGUUGGAGAAAACAAAGUUACUUGAUUCAUGUUUUCCCAAAAUUAAGUUUAAAAUUGUGAUUCAUCAAGAUGUAUAUAACCGUUUUCCCAUCCUAACAAAAGUCGCGCGGGUUUUUAUUUACAAUUUUUAUGUUUUUCAAGUGAUUGUUUGCAAGCCCAAAACUUUCCAAACUCAAUGUUUUAGAGAUCCUGCCAUCAAACAGAUAUGAUCCGAGUGGAUCAUCGAGAACAGAACCCGAAUAAACUUUGGGAAAACUUCUGGAAUAAAGAGAGGAUCCAGAAAGAUGUGGAAGAUCGAAUUCCGUGAGUCAUAGUUGGAAAAGCAAUGACGCAAAUUUAGUUUACAUUUGAUUCUUAAUACUGACAAUGAGAACAAAAACUUUCAGACUGAAAACUCCAAUUUCCGAUGACAAGGUCAGAAUCGUCUGCAUUUCCGAUACUCAUGAGAAACUGGGUGAGAUUGUGGAUCGAAUACCCAAUGGAGACAUCUUAUUACAUUGCGGUGACUUUACAAACAACGGGUCAAAGGAUGCAAUCGAAGAGUUCGAUCGUCUUAUGGGGACAUUACCUCAUCCAGUGAAGCUAGUUGUAGCUGGAAAUCAUGAUCUUGGAUUUGACAAUACGGAAGAUGAAAGUCUCAGAUACGUGUACGAUGUAGGAAAGGGGACAAAACGAGGAUAUGAGCUGCUGAAAAAUGUAACAGUAUUGCAUGACCAAAUGGUUGAGGUAAGCAAUUACAUAUACAUACAUAUUGUUGUCAUCCUUGAAAGUAAAAAUGAAUGACUUUUUUGCAGGUUUGUGGUCUCAAAAUCUACGGCUCUUCGUGGCACCCUCUUCCCCAUUUCGCUUUCUCCAGAUCUCGCGGAGAGGAGAUCCUAAAGGAAUGGCUCAAAAUCCCCGCCGACAUUGAUAUUCUGAUGACCCAUACCCCGCCCUUAGGGCAUCGAGAUGUUUGUUGGAACGAAGAACACACGGGAUGUGCAGAACUUCUUCAAGUGGUCGAAGAAGUGGCGAAGCCAUCAUUACAUGUGUUUGGCCAUAUUCAUGAAGCCUAUGGGAUCAGUACAAAUGAUGUUACCACUUUUGUGAACGCUUCGCUUUGUAAUCAGAAACUCGAUCCGCUCGUAUUUGACUUGCCUUUGAAAUUGGAGACAAAGGAUUACAAUAUUUAUGGAAUUGAAAAAAAACUUUCGAACCCUUGUUCUUCAGAUGAAAUGCCAGAGCAGUUGUCACCGUCAAAAAAACGUUGCGCAAUACAGUGA